AUGUUACCUGUUACUGCUAGAAACUCUUUAGCUCGUUGUUUAUUAAGAUCUAACAAAUCUUAUGCCUCUUUAUUGAAUACUGCUGCCAAUGGCUGUGGUGAAUGUAGUUGCGAUACCCCACACACCAACUCUAUUCGUUAUUAUAGCAAUGGCGAAAAAACUUUGAAGGAAAGAUUUGCUGAAAUUUUCCCAGGUAAAGCAUCUGAAAUUAAGGAAUUCAAGAAGCAAUACGGUAAAACCGUUAUUGGUGAUGUCUUAUUAGAACAAGCUUACGGUGGUAUGCGUGGUAUUAAAGGUUUAGUCUGGGAAGGUUCUGUUUUGGAUCCAAACGAAGGUAUUAGAUUCAGAGGCAAGACUAUUCCAGAAAUCCAAAAGGUACUACCACACGCCGAAGAGGGUAAAGAACCAUUACCAGAAGCUUUGUUUUGGUUAUUGUUAACUGGUGAGGUCCCAUCUGAAGCCCAAGUUAAAGCCUUAAGUGCUGAUUUGGCUGCCAGAUCCCAAUUACCAAAACAUGUUUCUGAGUUGUUAGACAGUUUACCAAAGGAUUUGCAUCCAAUGGCGCAAUUUUCCAUUGCUAUCAACGCUUUAGAAAGUGAGUCCAAGUUUGCCAAGGCUUAUUCCCAAGGUGUGAACAAGAAGGAUUACUGGAACUUUACCUACGAAGAUUGUUUGGAUUUAUUGGGUAAAUUACCAGUCAUUGCUGCUAAAAUUUACAGAAACGUUUUCAAGGAUGGUAAAAUUGCUGAAGUUAAUCCAAACUUUGAUUAUGGUAAGAACUUGGCUCAUUUGUUGGGUUACACCAACAAGGACUUUGUUGAAUUGAUGAGAUUGUAUUUGACUAUCCACUCCGAUCACGAAGGUGGUAAUGUCUCUGCUCACACAACCCAUUUAGUUGGUUCUGCUUUGUCUUCUCCAUACUUAUCUUUUGCUGCUGGUAUGAACGGUUUGGCUGGUCCAUUGCACGGUCGUGCCAACCAAGAAGUCUUGGAAUGGUUGUUUAAAAUGAGAGACGAAUUGAAGGGCGAUUACUCUAAGCCAGCCAUUGAAAAGUACUUGUGGGAAACUUUGAACAGCGGUAGAGUUAUCCCAGGUUAUGGUCAUGCCGUCUUGAGAAAGACGGAUCCACGUUAUACUGCCCAACGUGAAUUUGCUUUGGAACAUUUCCCAAAUUAUGAGUUAUUCAAGUUGGUUUCUGCCAUUUACGAAGUUGCUCCAGGUGUUUUGACCAAGCAAGGUAAGACCAAGAAUCCAUGGCCAAAUGUUGAUUCUCACUCUGGUGUUUUGUUACAAUACUACGGUUUAACUGAAGCCUCUUUCUACACUGUGUUGUUUGGUGUUGCUAGAGCUUUUGGUGUUUUGCCACAAUUGAUUACUGACAGAGCUGUUGGUAGUCCAAUUGAACGUCCAAAAUCUUUCUCUACUGAAAAAUACAAGGAAUUAGUUGCAAAGAUUAACGGCGGUAAAUAG